CACCGAACUUUCAUAUUUUAUUUGAUCUGUUGUCAAUGCUUUAAAAGUACAAAAAGCAAUUCAUUACUUAGUACCAAAGCCUAUGGCAUUUUCGUUCAAUCAACUAUAAAAGGUAUAAGCCUCUCAUCAUGUGAUAUAGUCUCAUACCGUCCUGAAUUUACCACAAAACCUUCCUUGGCUUAGCAAUUAGCACAAUAUUUUAAAGAUCUCACUAACGUGCUAAAUAACCCUGGCAGUUCUUAUCAUCAUUGGCAAAGAAAAGUCAGGUAAAUUUUAAUGAUUUCAAGUACCAACUGAAAGGUGAGCUUUUCCAGGUACAAGUAAUGCAUAUAUUGAUAAUCAUUAAGGAUUGAAUUUCAUAUUAACUUAUAAGCCAGGCGUAGGCAGCAAUGUAUAGAUGAAGUGCUAUACUCAGCUUUAAAACUCUUUUCGGUGGUCAAUUUACGUUACCAACUCAGUUGAUUAUAAUAAAUAAACUACAGUGGAAAAUCAGUUUAGUAGGACAGGAGAAUGAAUGAAGCAUCUUUAAUAAUAUCAAUAAAGUAAUUCCAAAUCUUACAGAAAUUUGACAACCUGUCAGAAGGCCAUCCAUGGUUUAAUUGUUCAGUGACUGAGAAAUGUGUUCUUCCAAGGUCUUUUUGCUCUGUGUGUCACUGGCAUUCAUUUCAAUGUACGUAAAACCAAGCUCUUCAAAAACCAGUGUCGCUGAUGUGGUUUUACCAACUCCAGGGAAACCGGACACAAGAGCUGCCUUAAAGGACGACCCAUCUUGGUCUUUGUUGAAAAAGGAAUCUGUACAGAAUAAAAAUGCUUACAAUUGUGAUUCCAUUACUAACAUACUAACUACAUGUAUAAGUGACUGUCAAAUGAAAUAAAUUCACCAAAGUUAAUAAGUUACAGCUCUUUAAAAAAAUGUAUCUCUGAAUGUGGGAAUUGAGAAACAAUCUGGAUUCGGUGUGAAAGGUAUUCAGCUUACAGCUAGACAACAUUUGUAUCACAACUCAAUUUAAGGUCUUCUGUAAAAUAUCUGUAGAUUAAGGUUAGGUUCAUGCACUAAACCCUUUUACUCCAAAGAGCUCACUAUUACUUCUUACUGUCUGCCAUCAAAUUCUUAUGAUUUGGAUAAUUUGGUAUUGUAUCAACUAAUAAUCCCCUAAUUAAUUUUUUUUUUUAAAUUCUCAUAACUUGCCUGCUCAAUAUUGUAUUGAUAUUGUAAGGAGAAAUCCUGUCUUGGUCUCUUAUGGGAGUUAAAGAGUCAAAGGUAAAGUCAGCACAAGAGCCAGAGGACUAAUCUUGCCAAAGCUUAAAUUAAUUUCAGUAGCAUCAGGUGACUAGGAGAAUUGCUACUCUCCCACUAGAAUGGUUCCCCUAUCUGGUUACAACCCAAACUUUUUCAUCUGCUUUCUGCAUCAGUUUUCCUGAUCUGUUUGUAUACUUGCCUGAAGAGAAGUUACAUGUACAUGUAUUUAAGGGAAAGGCAUCUUGACAAUCAGAUACAUGUGUACUCACAUUUAGAGGCUGGUUUCUUUCUAUUCUUUUCCCAGUCUCUCAGCCAGUUCAUCAGCUUUCUCAUUGAGCUCUUAUCACCCUACUGACCAAUAAUCUGCUUCACUGCAUGAGGUUGAUAUUUGUCUACCCAUAACAGAUUUGGUUAUCCUGAACACACACAAAAAAAAUUACCUUUGCUGUCAAAAUCUUAUGUAGAUUAAAAAAAUAAAGCAACAAAAAAACUGUACUUUCUUGUAACUCAAUUUAAGUAACACAAACAAGUCUACAGAUGGAAGUACAGUUAAAUGAUCCAACAGAUGAACCUAAAGGUGGAAUUAAGAGUGGUGGUAAAACUGACGUGUGGGUGACUGGAGAGAGGAGAACAAAGAGAAUAAGUGACAGAUAGAAGGACAAUAAAUGGAAGAAUGAAUGUACACAAAAGAGCAGACAGACAGACAAUCUGAAUGACACUGUAAAUUAAGUAGAUGGAAGAAGGGAAACGAGGAUGAACAAAUUAUGUUAUCAGUUACACACUAGCCUAUGGCACUUAUGACAUUUUACUGGUACAUGUAUAUCACAUACAUAUGCAUGUAUUUUUAUGUUAUCAGUAAUUUUAAUACAAAGUCAUGUACAGUACCUAGAUGCACACAAAAGAAAUUAUAUUCACUAAGUGUAAUCAUCGCACAAUACAUGUAGGAUGCUUACUGGUGAGGAAAUAAUUUAAGGCAUACAGCUGAAGUGUGAAUUAAAUUUUCAGUGAAGUCAUGCUCUUGUGCUAAUUGUUGGAAAGGUUUGAAACACCCAGCUUUCAGUGCAGGUGAUGAUGAUGGUGUUUGUGUUGUUAGAGAUGACACAGAUCUUUCACCCAGUUGUGACAAAUCACCUUCAAACUGAUCCUUUCCCUGGCUGAGGGACUCCAUUGGUUCAGUUUUCUCCUUCUUCUUUGUCUUCUUCUCCACACUUGGUGGUUCAUUAGCUGGUCUCAUUGCCUGGUUUUGUUCUGACAAGCUCAAACAGACCAUCUUCAUCUAUUUGUGAUGUUCCACAUUGCUUAACCUAACAGAUAAGCACCAAAGUAAAAAAAAGAAACAACAACGACUACAACAACAACAACAAAGAAACCAUAGGUUUCUUGCCAAGUAAUGUUUAGCUAUUCAAGGAAGGAAAGAUGACCUUUAACCAGUUAAAAAGGUUUCUUAACCAAGAAACAUUAGAUGAACUCCACAGCAAGAAAUAUAAGGUUACGCUCAUGGAAAAAAAACUCUUUUAGAAGCCAACAACAAAAAGAAAAUGAUAAAUUUCUACCAAGGUAAAUUUUUCAGUUCUUGUUAGUUUGCUAUAGGUAAGUUUCCCAGGUGUUUUAGCUGUAAGCUGCACCUGGAUUUGUUAUAAAAAUUUAGGGAAAAAGGUGCAGCUUAUAUGUUUAUGUUCAGAGUUCUUUUUUUUCGCUCUUUUGAGCUGUACAUUACAAUAUGCCUUGGAUCCAGAAAGUUUACUCUCCCCAGGAUCCCAUCCCAUGACAAUAUAACUCUUUUUCUUGCUCACUGAGUGGGUAACUUUUCCACCAUAUCUUUGAAUCAAAUUUGCUGCCUCCUCUCUCUCAAUACUCUUCAAGAUUCCUGUAAUAACAAAUGUCAGUCCAUCCAAACAGUUUUCUGCUUCCUAAAAAUUAAAUUACCAAGUGCAUGCAUAAUUCAAGAUGAGCAGACAAAUAAUUAAUUCUUCCCUUGAAGGCCUCUUGAUACUGUCCAAACUGAAAAGUUAUAAAUAGCAAAAAAGUCAAAAACUCUAUAGAUACAUCAUAAACAUUAUUUUCAGAUCAAUGUCAGCAUCUGCACACCUACCCCUCCCCCUAACCCAACAACUGUCAACUGCUUACAACUAAGGAUUAAUGUUGUAUUAAGGGAGGGGUAGUUGUGCAGUUUCUCAGACACUGACAUUGAACCAACAUUUGAACAUCAACUGAUAGUAAAAGGAUAAAAUACAUUUUUUUGUUUAACCUUUUAACUCCCAUAAGUGACCAAGACAGAACUUCUCCUUACAAUAUAAAUACAAUAUCAUGCAGACUAGUGAUGAGAAUAAAUACAAAUGUCAAUCAGGGGAUUAUUAGUUGAUCCAAGACCAAAUUCUCCAAACUAACAUUACAAGAAUUGUAUAGCAGACAGUAAGGAGAAUUACUAUUGAGAUCUUGGGAGAAAAAGGGUCUAUCAAAGCAUGCAUUUUACAAUUUUUUCCUGUAAACUGGAUCUGCAGAUUUUCUAAACCAGCUUUAAUUCUGAUAAUCUUCAUUUUCCUUUCUUCUGGCUCAGAAAAUCAAGAGAAGACACCAGAUGUAGAAACCAACCCCCUUAAAGCCCCAGUCCAUGCAACUAGCCAUAUAAGUUUGACUUUCCCACAGAUCAUGCAAAUAAAAAAGGUGUGAGCUUUAGUUAAAAGGUAAUUGCAAGUACAUUGUUAUGCCAGCCAUAUUCCAGAAUUGUCAGGUAAAUUGCUCUUUUGUCAAGUGACCCAUGUUUCCUAUAUUAUUAGUAUUGUCUAUGUUAUACAUAUUUCAUGUUAUUUGUAUUUCCUAUGUAAUUUCCAAUCUCGUAAUUCGUCAUUCCAUUCUUGAUGUAUUAUGUUUGUAAUACUUUACUUAGAAACCACUGGCAAUGGCAUGUAGAAAGAAGAGUUCAGUCCAGUCAUCAGGAAAUUAAACUCAUCUAAAAUUUAUUGCUGGCAUGUUGGUUACACCAGGCUUGUGGAAAAAACAGUCUGGGUAAGGUGAAGUCUCAAGGUUUCUUUAUCAAUCACCUUUCAAGUUGAUGAACAAUUUCAUUUUCCCUUCAGUCUGAGUAAAUGAAAGAUUAACUAAUUCUUGUCAAAAUAAUUUGUGAAAUAAGCAUUAGAGUUGCAUAUUGCAACUGCUCUGCAGAAUUAGUAAGCUGCAGUUUGAACAAAUUUGUGGGGAAUGCACAAGUCCUGGAUAUUUCGAACUUCAGUGAAAUUUAGGUAGCAGUGUAUCACAUCACGCUGUUUAACCCUUAAACUCCCAUGUGAUGUGAUUUACAUGUAACUUCUCCCUAAACUAUUUAUACAGUAUCCAACAAAAGAGUAGGUCGUUAUCUUGAUCUAACAACAAAUUCCUAAAACAAAUGUACAAGGAAACGUCUAGAAACUAGAGAGGAGAAUUAGCAAACAGAUCUUGGGAGUUAAAGAAUGAAGACAAAAUUGCUUCAUGUUAUGACCUUGUUUAAGAUAAAAAAAAAGGCAGAACAUUGUAAAUUGUCAGCCUCACUCAGCUAUCCUGACAUACUCAGGCAAACUAUUUAAAAUUAUACCUACAAAGUUAGUUCACACACAGUACCAUACCAUUUCUGACAUUCCAGUCCAGAAAGAUACCUUGGGUUAGAUAUAUGUAGUUGAAUGAAACUCUUGGUUAAAACACGCUGUAAAAUUACCUACCACGUAUGGUAAUAAAUACCAAUUUUGGCCAUUUUACCAAACCAUUUUAGUAUAGUAAUGUGUUCACAUCCCUCUCCGGCCUGGCCGCUAGUGUGCUACUAAGAGGCCGCCAUAUUUAAAUCCGAUGGGGCUCUGGAGCCGGCGGCGUGCGCGGCUAAAAACUGUUGGGGUGUGUUAUGGGGAGGGGACGGUUACAUCGAGCUUGAAGCCUUUCUUUUUGAGAAUAAUCUACUUGUUUUAGCAUGGAGCCCGUUUGUUUUCUUUUAGAGAGCCAGUAUGUUUGUCCAUUUAAGUAAUUUUGGGGAGAUCAAUGCAUAUCUUGAGCCGCAAAUGCCAUGAUGAUUGUGCAACGAAGCAGGUUGUUGUUGUUUAGAGUAUUACGUCACUUUGUGCCCCGGUCUACCCUCUCCUCUUCUUCCAAGAUGGCGAACGAAGCCGAACAAAAGAAUCUCAAACCCUUUCCGCAUUUCGGAACUUUGGCGAUCCAUGCUGGCCAAGAACCCGAACAGUGGAAUUCUAGGGCAGUUGUGCCGCCGAUUUCUAUGGCUACAACAUUUAAACAGGAUGACCCAGGAGUUCAUCGUGUGAGUUUCUCGUCAUCUUACGUGAAAAAUUUGCAACGAUCAACGCUGCUGUACCUCUGAUCUUUCUGCUUCUUCUAGGGGUUCGAAUACUCGCGAUCGGGGAACCCUACCAGGAACUGCUUUGAGGCUUGCGUGGCGGCUUUGGAGGGUGCCAAGCAUGGUAAGGAAAUAUAGCCUUUAUCCUCCACGUGAACCCCACACGUGGAUAAAAUUUUUGUUUUGGUUACUUAUAAGGACAUCACGAUUAGUCCACAUUAUAAACUUUGAAGAAAACAGAAAUAAUUGCUGGAAAUAUUUUGUCAAACUGGUUUUCAAGGUGAUUUCUUCUAAUGGAAAAUGAACAAACAUGUUUCUUGCCCCAGGGUUAGUGGGAAUUGCUUUAUGAGAAAUCUUGGCCGGGGUAUGAAAAAGGUUGAUGGCAAUCCCAAUCGUUUUCAUAAAAGAGCAGAGAUCAGAAAACCCUAACAAAUAACCUCAAUUGUGAAAACUCUAUAAUACCUUUGUUAUGCUCUCUGACCUCUUUCUUCAAUAAACACAUCACGUUUCUUUUUUGGGAUUUGAUGAUUCUGGCAAGCUUUCAGACUCCCCCCCCCCAACCCACCUGGUGUUUCUGAUGAAUAUCCUAGGGGUGGGUAACAAGACAUUUCCUGAACAUGUCCUACUGAUGAAUGUUACUUACGCAGUCGAGUCUACAUGUGAACAAUACAGACUUUGGCUUAUUUAUAAGAACUUUCGUUGUCUGGUAAUUCCACAACUAGAAAUAGUCAGACUUAGGGGAGUAUAGAGGGGAGAAGGAAUAAUGAGAACUGACUAGAAGUACCAGUAUGCGUUAAAAAAUUAUUAUGAAAUGUGCAAGUUGAUAUUAAUAAUUACUAAUGGCACGACCUCUCUAUUUCGACACAUCCUUAGGCUUGGCUACCUCUUCUGGUCUGUCAGCCACAAUGUUAUUGACCCACUUACUUAAGAGUGGGGAACACAUUGUUUGCGUGGAUGAUGUAUAUGGAGGUAUGCAGUGAUUGAAUAAUAUUUAUAUGAUAUUUAAUAAUUAUUGGAUAGUGUCAAGCAAAAUCUUGAGAUUUGGCAAUGGGGAGCUGAUAAAUCAUUUGCUUUUGACUGGGAAAAAUAAUUGUUUGAUAACACACCGACAAUUCACAAUAUUUCAAGAUUACGAUACUCAAUAAUUGUUUUACCAUCAGACAACUGUUUUCAGGAAUCACAACACAAGAACAUGCAUACUGAUAUUAGGUUGUAAAGGCUUAAGCAUGGGAAAACCAUGUUGUAAAGUAGAGACAAUGUUUUACCAUUGAUGAUUUAAGGUUUUAAUAACCUGAUUCCUAAUUAUAAAAGUACAAGAGAGAUAUACAAAAGUUACUGAAUAAGCUGUAAGUGAAUAAACACAGAAGACAUACACAAAACUAUUUCUUAUAAUAAGUAAAGUAUGCAGAUCCCAAGUUUGCAACAUGUCAUUAAGAGAGUUCUUUACAUGAUGUAUUUUAGUUGCAUGGUGUAUUUUUAUUACAGUAUACAACAAACCAUUAUACCAAAAAGAAAGAAAGGAAGUAAUGCAUUAAAAUUAUUAUAUGUGAAAGGCCCAAAAUUAUUGAAAGCGCUAAGUUUGCUGUCAGAGUAAGCAACAUCAACAUCACAUCAACAUUAUAAAUCACAGGAGUUGAAAAGUUUAUAGAGGCAAACCACAAAUUUGUGUCUAAAAACAAGUACAGACAGCUGUCAAGUGCUUGUUUUGACUUCCAGGUCUAGUGUGGACCCAACUUCUAUAAUACACAGCUUUUUUAUACCAAACAUUUUAUCUGAUUUUUUUUGUACUGACAGGUACCAAUAGGUACUUCUCAAAAGUGGCUGCAGCAAAUAUGGGAAUAGAAAUAUCAAUGGUGGAUGCAAGUGAUUUGAGUAAACUGAAAGCUGCCAUUAAACCUAAAACUAAGGUGAAAAAAAUUUUCAGUGGUGCUUUUUCAGCAAACUAUUAUAAUUACAUGCUACACAUUACUGAUGAAUAUUAGUAUGAUAGUUCAGAAGUCUCAUACAUUGAGGGUAAGCCAGAAGUUUUCAUGCAAAAGAAUGCAGUUUGCUUCUGAGUAAUCUCAAAAAAAUAUUUUGCUAAAUAAUUUUUUGAGGAUUGAGCAUUAAGAAGAGGAAUUAUUAAAAUUACUUCAUCUUUAAAUGUGUUAUCUAUCAAUUUUUGGCCUAAAUUAAAUAGUAAUCAGUUAAGUUUAAAUGGGGAGAAUAAUGAAACUAAUGAAAAAGGGGAUAGAGAAAUCUCCUCUUCACCUAUCAAUAAUUCUUUCAAUUUUUGCGGACAUUUUUGGAAGAGCUAAAUUAAGGCACCACACCCUUCCAAGGUGUAAAAAUAUAUACUUUAAUAUACAUACUAUGCUUUUUUAGAUUUGAGGAAUAAAUUAAAUUUUAUUACCAUUAAUUCAAUUUAGAUGGUAUGGAUUGAGACUCCAACCAACCCUCUACUGAAACUUGUGGACAUCCAAGGCGCUGCUGAGGUUGUUCAUCAACGUGAGGUACAUUUGUUAACAAAUGGCAACAGGUUGCUGCAAGACAUUAAAGGUUUAGGUCAAAGCAACAAUUUGCUUUAACCCUUUCACUCCAACAAGUGACCAAGACAGAAUUUCUCUUUACAGUGUCAAUACAAUAUCAAGCAGGCAGGUGAUGAGAAUAGAGAAGAAUAUCAAUCAUGGGAUUGUUAGUUGAUCCAAUACCAAAUUCUCUGAACUAACAUCAUAAGAAUUGUAUGGCAGAUAGUAAGGAGAAUUACUAAUUAGAUCUUGGGAGUGAAAGGGUUGAUGUGGUGUGAAUAAUUUUCUGUCAAUCUCUGCACCUGCACUACACUUUUUUUUUAAAUCGGUUCCCCCAACUAGUCAAACAAAUGAAAACUUGUUUGAAUGGGUGCAAUGAAUGCAGGGAAAAAAAAUGACUCUCAAGAACUUGUAUUGGAAGCAGUUAACUUUAUGCACAGACCUCUAAGAAACAAACUCAGAGUUUUUCUGGCCUUAGCUAUGUGGCUUGAGUGUCUAUCCACAUACUGGAUGCAGACGUUUCUCAAUACUAACAUUAUCUCAUAUUCAUAAUCUUUUAUCUGACAGGGAGUUAUUUUAGUGGUGGAUAAUACUUUCAUGUCAUCAUAUUUUCAGGUAUUUGAGUGGCACCAUAUUUCUACCUGUUAAUUACCUUAGGAUAUAUAGAUUUCUUUUAAUUUUUUAGGGAUAAAUUUAUAAAAAGGCCAGAAAGGCAUGGGCAUAGGUGGUCAGUGAAAGUGUUUGUCAAGCGGUAGGACUGUAAUGAGUACAGUGACUUAAAAUACAUACUAAAUAACUGACAAUAAACAAUUAUUGGAUGAGGUUUUUGUGAUAUCCAGAAUAAUCAAGGUCUCAGUGAGGGUUAUCUACUGAAGCCUUCGGCUUCAGUAGAUAACCCUUACCAAGACCUUGAUUUUUCUGGAUAUCACUAAAACCAAAUCUAAGAAUUAUUUUAUUAUAUAUUGAACAAAAAAAAUGUUUUUGCCUCUUCACCAAUGGCAAGCAACACAAAGCUUGCAAACUUGACAUGAUUACCCUUAGAAAUCAUGCGCUGCAGUCAUACAUGACAAGAUAUCCCUGCGACCUUGAAUGACCUUGACACGAUUGGAUCAAUAUCAAUAUCUGGGCAACUGCCCACGUACCCCUCCCCUAACCCAACAUUAACCCUAACUUGUUAUUGAUUGACUGUUGUUGGGUUAGGGGAGGGGUAGGUGGGCAGUUGCCCAGAUACUGAUAUUGAUCCACAUGAUUAUUGUAUUAUAUGAAGCUAGAUAACAUCCCAGGUGCUGAUUUGGUAAAUUCACUGUACAAUUUCAGCAUAUUAGAAAAGAGAUAGUUACUUGAAUGUAUAACAAGAUUUAAAACAGGAUUACCAAGUACCAGUUAAGAGAUUAGUACAAACUAUAAGGGAAUACCUUUUGGUGUUAUCUUGGGACCUUUUCACAGUGAAUAAAACAGACUUAUCUUAAAUUAAAAUUUGUGAAAUAUUCCUUUGCAGCGCCCAUUGUCUCUUGGGGCUGAUGUUGUCAUGCACUCAGUGACAAAGUACAUGAAUGGUAUGGAGCUUUUACAUGAGGGUUUCAUUUUGAUAAUUUCUCUUUUGAAAUUAUAAGCCAUUGCUGAGCUGUCUGAGUGUGAUAACUCUGGCUAAGUAGGAUACCUCACUUUGAUUUUUAAUAAAUAAUUAAGUUUUCUUACAUUUGGGGAGGGGCUAAAUACAAAUUAGGUCCACAAAUUGGAAGAUUCUAACUUUCACAAUUGUUCCCUUUUUGCAAAACAGCCCUGACCAAUAUCUCCAUAACCCCUCACUCCUUCUUUUUGCUCUACCAUUUUUCUUUAUUGUUGUUUCUGAUAAAGAAGAAAUUAAGGUGCUUUUUAACUCUGGGAAGCACUAGCUGGGUGAAUACAGUAUAUUAUAGCCAAGCCUACCAUGUCAGGAAUAGCUUGAUAGAUCAUACCAGCGGACAAUAAAAUAGUUUUAUGAAAGUUGUGAAUACCCCAUGCACUUGCUUGAUAGAAUUAUUACUGACAACUGCAGGUCAUUCUGACACAGUGAUGGGAGUUAUGUGCACAAAUGAUGAUGAAAUCUGCAACAGGCUGAGAUUCCUUCAAAAUGGUAAGUAAAUAGGUAAUUGUCUCUGUACUGAAAAAAGUUCUCUUCAAACCUUUAAGAUUUAGCAAAGUUUACAAAUUAAUCAAUCUAUAAACUCUUCUUUUUUAUUUUGUUAGCUAUUGGUCCAGUGCCUAGUCCUUUUGACUGUUACCUUGCCAAUCGUGGUCUUAAAACUCUUCACUUGAGAAUGCGUCAACAUGAAAUUAAUGCUACAGCUGUUGCAAAAUUUCUGGAAGGAAACCCCAGGGUAGAGAAAGUUAUGUAUCCAGGUAUGUUAGGGAGGGGAGAGUUGCGGUGGUAUUUUCUAUGAAGAGGUCAGCUGCAAUGAAGUAACACACUGGCAGUUAGAAAUUGUAUGUUAGUUUGGUCACAAAUUGCUAAUAAGUUCUAUAGUGAAUGCAAAUUUUUCAAAGGUAGGUUUGGAGAACUAAUUGAAAGGCAUAUGGAAACAUGUGUGAAGAGAUAGCAUAUCUCUUAUUUAACCCUCUACACCCUAAAAUCAAUAUGUAGAUUCUCCAUACUGUUUUCUAAGUAUUUCCUAAGGUGCUGAUAAGGAGAAUUUGUAUAACAAACAAGAGCUUCUUUGGUUGAUGAUCAUUUCCUGUAUUCUCAUGCCCUUAAUGUUUGAUUCUGGGGAUGACAUUGUAAGGAGAAAUUAGAUGCUAGUCUCUUUUGGAAUUAAAGGGUUAAACAGACCUGCUCAAAAACUAUUGACGAGGUAGAUAUAUUUACAUGGUAUAGCAUCAUUGAUGUAAAACUUUUUUUCAGGUCUGGAAUCAUACCCACAGCAUGAACUUGCUAAAAAACAGAUGACAGGCUUUGGUGGUAUGGUGACUUUUUUCAUCAAAGGGAAUUUGAAGAAUUCCAGAAAGUUUUUCAAAUCAUCUAAGGUGACUAUUGAUAUUUAUUUAAUAAUGUUUACAUAAAGUUAAUGCUAUUUUCAAAUAGGCUUAAGGUUGGAAUUCCUGUGGCAUUCAGGAAAUCCAAAAGGAAACCCAUUUGUCUUACAAGUAUGAUUUUUUUAUGUCUCAUGUCACUAAAUGCCAUGAGUCUUUGUUUAUCCUUUUCUUUCAGUUAUUUACACUUGCCGAGAGUCUUGGUGGUUUUGAAAGCCUGACAGAACUACCGUAAGUUCUGCAUAUACUUAAAACAACUAGCCAAGACUGUUAGAAUGAUUGGCUGAAAAGAUAUUGACUUGGGAAUGGAAAGAAAAGUUCAUUAAAAUCAGGGAUCUUUUGUUGGUUUAUUUUCAGGGCAAUAAUGACCCAUGCAUCAGUUCCUGCAGAUCAAAGGGAAGUAUUAGGAAUAUCAGAUACACUGGUGAGUAUGAUAUCACUCAUAGUCAGCAUGGACAGCAAUAGUUAUUUUGUUUAUGAAUCUGAGACUCAGCUGGCAGUCUCUUUUUAUCUUGUUUUGGACCAAGCUUUGGCUGACAAGAGAAUUGAAUUUGAAACAACAAGUCUGGUCCCAAGGAAAACACUGAUAACAUGUUUCAUUUUAUCAAUAGUUUGAGACAGCUGGCAGUCUUGUUUACUCAAAAUCUUUAAAGACAUAGAGUAUGAAGUUGCUCUUACAAUAUUCAUGAUAGAAUCUGUUAUAAUUCCCUAGAUUCGUUUAUCAGUGGGACUUGAAGAUACUCAGGAUUUGAUUGAUGACUUGGACCAGGCCCUCAAACAAGCGGUAAAUUGAAUGGACUUGUGCAAAAUAAUGAGAUAAAUUUAAAAUUAAUUAAAGAUUGGAGCGCAAUACAGUGUUUAUGACUGGAAAGAAUUAUUUGACAUCUACCCCAUGCACUGGAGCUUUUCAGUGCCAAUGUAAACAAAGAGUGGUAUAAAAAUUCCAAAUUGUAAACAUAACUCAAUUAAAAUCCCAACAAGCUAUUUGCACAAACUAGCUGACUAUCUUUGGUGUGCAACCACCACUUUUAACCUAGCAGCAACCAAAAAGAAAUCCAUGGAGUAACAAUUUUAUAGCCCUGAGCAUGGAACUAAGCAGUUCCAAGCCCAUUCUAAGAAAUGAUUGACUUGUACCUUCUCCUAACAACAUCGAUACAAAAUGCAACAAACAGCUGAUAAGAAUAGACAAGCUUAUUAGUCAGAAGGCAUUAUCUGAAUCUAACACCAAAUUCUCUUAAAUGAUUCACAAGGAAAUAUAUAGUAGCCUGAAAAGGAAAAUUGUGAAUCAAAUCUUGGAAGGCUUACCUAAUAGUGAGAACAACCAGUCCUAUGCAAUAUUAUUUGAGGGUGACUAAAACUCAAUUUUAUGGGAAAUUAUUACUGCUACUAAAUGUAAUGUACCUUUGUCACUAAUUUCUAUAAAUACAUGUAAUAUAUCUAAUAUCUAAAAUGUGAUAAUUCAUAGUUUUGGCUUUUGUUUCACACACAAAAGUUGUACACAAUUGCAAGAUGUGCUGGAUGAGCCAUGUGUUUGAGCGUGUAAAUCCAUGAACCCUUCCCCAAACCUAUCACAUUAUCAAAUGAAGAUAGUCCACUAUUGCGAGACACUUGUAAUGUCUCUUGUUCUCCAUGUGAACGUAAAAGCUUACAUUGUCAAACAUUAUCACAUGUGUUUGACUCUGAACAUCCCUAACAUAUCUUCUGAGGAAGAAUGGAAAAUAAAAGGAAAAAGAAAGAUAAAACAAAAGGAGUAGAUAUAACCAUUGUGUUAGGUACAUAGAGCGCCAGGAGUAGCGAUGUUUUGUAUAAAAUUACAUUUGAUGCACUUUCAAUUCAUGUACCUAUUCUAUUUGUGUUUUAAAAUUUCUUGCCCUGUCCCUGGCCUGUCAAUUAACCAGUGUACAACUCUGUUCCUUUUUUCUCGAUUUUGGCAUCCACAGGAGUUGUUCAUUUUUACACCACUUUGCAGUUUUGCUGCAAAUUAUACACUACAACUAUACAGCUGUAGGUACAUUCAGUCACAGACUGUGUUUUAUUUGAUUAAUGCUCUCCAGUUGGGCACAAAUUAUAUUAAACUUUACUAAAAAUCUAAGUUUAUUACUGAAUGCAUAAUGUGAAAACUUUCUCUGCAGGUGCCAGAUUCUUGCUUGUAGGGAAACAAAAUACAACCCAUGAUGAAAUUUGAAAACAGCAAAGGUAAUUAUGUUCUGAAGGUGAUGAGCACACCCUUUUGGUAAACUAACCAUUAAGAAAUUGUCUUAGGACAGGCUUUGUAAGAUAGAGUAUUAUUUUUUUGUUUUCUGAAGCAUCUCUGUCAGUGGGCCAGAAUCUUGAAUCCUUGAAUCCUAUUGGCUAAUCCUGUGCUCAUAACUGAUCUAGGUUUUUGCAAUACAGAUCACAAUCAUGAUUUUUUUUCAGUGUUAUUUGUUGCAAAAUAGAAAAAAGCAAACCAGCAGGAAAAAAAAAUAAAGGUAUUUUGCGGUUUUAAGGUCUGUCCGCGUGAAGAAUGGUGCCUUUAGUCUUCAGCCUUGGCUGAAAAUCUCUGGUAUAGUUUUCUCAUAUGAUUAUUCUUCCCAGUAAAUAACAUAUCCAUGAUG